ACUCUAUAAUGACAACCAAUCAUGUGUGACCACAAAGUUUAUAAAUACUGUAAUAUUCUAUCUGUAAUGUGUUUCAUGUACUAAUGAUGGGUACACUGACCGUUGCUUGGGCUGUGCUGAUAAUUUCCGUGGUAGUUGACAAUGUGCAUACGACUUCCUUCACCGCCGACAUAGGACAAUAUAUGGAAGAUUCAUUGUCGUCUUUCAAACUACAACUGCACAAAGCAAGUCAGCAACGAAAACGGCGUGUAAAAAGGGCAAUAUCAAUCCAGGAUUUUAUUGCGGAGAAAGAAACAACGUAUGAGGCACAGGUACAGAACAUCACGCCAUGGCAGUCCAUUCCAACAAUGCAUCCAGUGGAAUUAGAACCAUUCGUUAUUAAAAACAAACAAUAUUUAGCUGUAGUGAAUUUUAUGAACGAGCUCAACCAGUACAUCACAAAGUCAGCUGUAUAUGUAAUGAAUGAAACGACUUAUAAGUUUGAUUUGUUGCAGGAAUUUUCGACAUCUGGUGGUAUUGACUUUGAAUAUGCUGAUUUAGGUGGCAAUAAAUACGCCAUCUUUCUAGAUCACGUAGGGCAAAAUUGGUACGGUGGAGGUAGCACAUACGAAAAAUGGUUUCAAUUGCAGCAAUUUUUACCUCAUGAGAAUUUGGAAAAGCCGUUUCACUACCGAACAAAAGUGCGUACUCUUGGCGCGAAAAGCGUUAAAGUUUUCAGCAAAGAUGGCCACCACUACUUUGUGACUGCCAAUUCGUACUUUGAGGUCGGCGAUAAAUACCAUGUGAAAUCAACCAUGCAUAUUCAAUCUCAGUUUGGGUAUGAACUAGUCCAAACUUUCGAAACCCAGGGUGCCCAAGAUGUGGAGAUUGUCAUGAUAGGUGGCGUUCGUUACAUUCUCUUUGUCAAUCACAUUGAUAAUAGUGGAAAAGUGGACAUCUAUUCUUCUGUUUACAAGGAACGCACAAUGCAGCAGUUUGGCAAAGCGGGAGGCCCUUUUGAUUUGUACCAGAGAAUUGCUACACACGGUGGUAGGGAUUUCGAAUACUUCUCCUUCGAAAAUCACCACUACUUAGCUGUCGCAAACGAGUACACAAUAAUCACGGCAUUUGAUAGCUUAACCGCAGCGUACAAUAAGAUCAAGGAUUAUCGCAUUGAUUCCGUUAUUUACUGGUGGACAGGAACUAUGUGGGUUGAAUGGCAGAAAAUACCCACCAACGGUGCAGUAAAAUGGUCCUACUUUACGAGCGAUGAUGGAUCUCCUAUGUUGGUUGUUUCAAACGCGAGAUCACAAGCGGUCAUCUACACCUACGACCCGCUAAGAGGAUUCUUUAAACCAACUGACGUUCAAGGUUUGUCUCCAUUUCCCGAAAAUCAAGAUGCUAUUCCUGACGUUCGAUCAGUUCUUCCUUUCAAGGCCGGAAACGAAACCUAUUUAGCUGUCGCCAACUACAACCUCACAACAAGAUCUGGUUUCAACGUCUUUAAAUUGUCCUUCACUAGAAGACCUGUACCUAAGUUAGACCCAUCUGUGCCGGAGAUCAUAGCUGCUUUAUUAACGAAAAUGACUGAGGAACUAGAAUUGAUCAAAAAGACCUUAUCGCAAGUUCUGCUGCACGUCACGAACAACGUAAUGACAAAAAGUACGGAACAGAACGUUACUGCAAACAUCUUUUUUACAAACAUCACGAUUGAAAAUACUCUAUUGACAGGAAGUAUGUACUACACGGACAAUGUCACUGUCAAUCCCAUUGUAGAAUCGGAAAAGAGAGCUGUGUUGCUGAAGUAUUUAAUCGAGCAACAAGAAGCCAGAAUUCUCGCACUUCAAGAAAGACUAAACGAUGUUGUGAAAAUCAACGAAGCAGUUGUUAUCAGUGGAGAGAAGACAUUUACCGAAACAAUAACCGUGACUAACACGCUUUCUACUAAUGUUACCACUGUGCAUGGCCUUAUUGACAGCACCAACAUUACUGAUCUUGCAGGGAGACAUUGGAGCAAAAGUACCGAACAAAUUCUUGAAGGCCAUUAUACAUUCACCGAAAACGUCACCUUCGCCCAAAAUCUGAGUGUGAAUGGCUUUGUUAAUGGAAAGAAAAUUGAAUCGUACAUGACAACCAACACAGCACAACAUAUCACAGCGUCAAAAGUAUUCGGAAACGACUUGUUACUUAAAAAUAAUGUCACCUUGUCAAAUUUCACUCUUGACGGUUACCACGUUCCUGGCGAUUUUGUUACUACGGAUGGAUUCAUAGGCAUAACAGGCUAUAAAAACUUUGGUUCUGUAAUUUUCAACGGCGUAUUGCAAGUCGACGGCUAUUUGGAUGACGUUAACGUUACUAACUUUUUCAACAACAAAAUGACCCCGGAUACUAACCAAACUGUUUCAACUUAUAUAGUAUUCGACGAAGGUUUCGUUGUCGAUUCCAAUAUUCGCGUGGAUGGUUUAGUGGACGGUAUCAACAUAACUGCUUUAAACGAAGAUAUUUUAUUGGCUGGAAAACCGCAAGUCAUAACAGGUGCAAAAACUUUCAAAUCUGUAAAUGUGAAAGGCCAUCUUAAAGUAGAAAAUAUUAACGGAUACAACUUGUCAGAUGCCAUGACCUUGACUACUGAACAGCUUGUUAAGUCGGACAUGACAUUUACGACUAAUGUUACUGUAAACGGUAAUUUAGUCACAACUUCAACAAUCGACGGAUUGGAUUUGUCUGAGGAUGCCGUCACUCUUACUGGACCACAGUCAAUCGGCGGUCACAAAACAUUCCGAGUUGGCGUAACAAACGUUAAUUCCAACAUUGUAGUGACGGGCUUCGUUGAUUCUGUUAACUUGACAAAGUGGGAAAAACUGGCUGUCUUAAAAGGCAGUGGAGUAUCUAUCACCGGUCAAAAAACUUUCGUCGGUGGUAUUAAUGUUACUACUAUGUUAAAAGUGCUUUCCAUCAACGAUGUGUAUUUGCCUACUCUAAAAGACGACUUGAUUUCUCUUUCUUCAAACGAAAACCUUUACGCUCAAUUCGUUUUUGAAAACGUUAUUGUUAAGGGCAACCUUGCCGCAAAUGGUGAAAUCGGCAGCUAUCAUAUUCCAGACGACUUCGUAACUCUGUCAACUGCUCAAACUAUUAGAGGUAUGACAACGUUUAAGAAAAUCGUUCAUGUAAACAAAAUGGUCUAUUCCAACGGAACGAUCAAUGGAGAAGACUUUUUAGCGUUUUAUGAAAAUGCUGUUAAGAACGGAAGCGAAGAUACCAUCUACGGAAACAUCAUCUUUCAGGACGAUGUCACAUUGCUUAAAGACGCCGAGGUGGCUGGACAGGUGAACAACUUGACCAUUCCUACCGACGUUAUUACUCUGACAACGCAGCAGAACAUCACCGGCGUUUUGACUAUGACAGAGGAUACCGUCUUUAAAGAAAUUUUGGACGCUUACAUCAUUCAUGUCGAUGGGACUGUAAAUGAGAUCGACAUUUACGACAUGGAACAAAAUGCUGUUCACAAGGACCGAAACCAAACUAUAAAUGGAAGCAUUGUAUUCGUGUCUGGCAUCGACUGCAAGCAAAACUUGUCUGUAGCAGGACUCAUCAACGGCGUAAAUCUAACUGAGCUUUACAACACCACCGUGAGAAUAUCAAAAGAUCAACGUGUAUAUGGCGAGAAACGAUUUCUUGAUGACGUUGAGUUCCACCAAACUGUUACCUCACCUGGUUUAGUCAACAAUGUAAAUUUGACAGAAAUAGAUAAAAACAUUAUGAAGUCAUCUGGCAAUCAAACAUUAAAUGCUAACUUCAUAUUUCACAACUAUAUUCACAUUAUCAAUUUAAGGACAUCGAACAACUCCUGGAUCAACGAUGUUAAUUUCCACCACUUCCUAAAUUCUGCGCUGAGAUCCAACGGAACCAACUUCAUUAACGGAAGCGUUCAAUAUGACCAUUUGCAUGUAUCAAACCUCGUUACCAAUCUAUUUGCAGGCGUAGACCUCACCAAUAUCUUUUUGAUCAGUGGUAAUCAAACUGUCCUUGGCGACAUAAACUUUUCAUCCAUUAAGACGAAAAAUGUUUAUGCUACAAACUUGAUCGACAGUGUCAACAUCACGGAAUUGAAGACCAAUACGGUCGAGAAGAAUAAAGAUCAAACACUGAAUGCCAUGUACACUUUUGAACGAAAUGUGCUUGUCAACAAUAAUCUUACAGUGAAGGGACGCAUUAACAACAUUGAUUUAGACGAGUAUAACAAUUCUGCUGUCCAUCUCACAUCUGACGAAACGAUAACGGGUGUAAAAACGUUUAAGAAUGUAACAUUCCAAAAUGUCACCUUUCUCGGACUAGUCAACGGUGUCAAUAUGUCGCUCCUAACAGAUGACGUUCUUACUAAAACCGGUGACCACACAAUUUGCCAACCAACUACUUUCGAAAAUUCAGUCAUUGUAAAUGGAACUGCUAUUGUUUCAGAUAACGUGUUGGUCAGUAGCUUGGUAAACGACAUCAACAUCACUGCUCUUAGCCAGUCUGCAGUUAGACUGAAUCAGUAUCAAGUUCUGAGCGGUUCAUAUCACUUUCAAGGUGGUUUGGAAAUUGGCACCAAUUUAACUGUAAAUCUCUUGAAUGGUAUCAGCACAAACCAACUUAUGAAAACGCAUGGGGACAAAAAUAUCUCGAAUUUUUUCCAAUUUUCUGACAUUGAUGUGAGCGGAAACUUCGACGUUACCACAUUAAUCGAUGGUGUGGAUGUUGCGAAACUUAAUGACGACAGAUUCACAUUGAACACUGAUCAGACUGUAUCAGGUAGUAAAUCCUUUUCAAAUGUUAUCAUUAAAAACAUGAUUGAGUUUCCAAAUGGUUCUACCGUUAAUGACAUCGACAUAUCCGAAAAUUUGUUCCAAGCUAACGACACAUCGAUUAUCAAUGGCCACAAAUUGUUUACCAAUGUAUCAAUUACCGGAGAUGUUACUACUACUACCGGUGUAGUGAACGGUGUGGACCUCCACAGCUUCAACCUCAAUGCAUGGAAAACCACCAAUGACGGCGAACAGUUUAUCAAUAUGGAUCAAACCUUCACGAAAAAUUUGACUAUUAUAGGUAACAUGACUGUGAAUGGCUUGGUAAAUGGAAUCAAGAUAGGGGAAGUUGGGAACUACACUGAUGCAGUUAAUGAAGAUAUUAAAUCUGGUUUACUGAUGUUAAGCACUCAAGCCACUUCGUUAUGUACUUCGACGGAAACUCUGGUGCCUGUAUCGGAAAACCAAAAAUUUCUUAGUGGUUUCGAGAAAGUUGAUGUCAAAUCCUUUUCUGCUGAAAUUCUGGGAUCGCUUCAUUCCACCGUUUUGAACGACACAGUCUUCAUCUCUGUUGCUCGAGCACAAGGUGCUGGUUGCGGACCAGCGUAUGUGCUGAAAUGUACACAAGAUUUACAAUGCUUCGUCCUGCAAACUAUAACAACGAACGCCCAAAUACUUGAAUUUUUUAUCUAUAAUACAUUCACUGCCCUCCUUGUAUAUCAUUCGUCUUCAGGAGUAAACGAAACUCAUGGAUGUAAGCAGGAGCCGGAAGUUUACGUUUGGGGAGACGCUUCUUUUUUCCCUUAUCAGUCACUCAAUAUGGAGCUAUUAAAAACAGAACUUGCACCAAUAUUGAACAGCAGCACGGUCCUUGCUGAAAAUUUCAAAAGUUUGUAUAGCGAACUCAUGAAGACGGAGAAUAAUGGUGAAUCUAUAAUAUCGGUCGCGGUGAGAAAAUUUAGGAGCAUUGACAAAGAUUUUCUUGCUGUUAGUGGCAAUCAGGACGGCACGGAUUUCGUUGAUGUCUUAAACAUACAAGGAAAUGAUAUUGCAUCACUUAUAAAGGAGCAAAGAAUAAAUUUUCAGAAAACCGUAAAGCCGAAACAUAUUUUUGUAGGUUUACUUAAAGAGUUGGAGACGACUGUAUUAUCAGUGUCUGGUGGAGAAGACGUUACUAUCUUUGCGCAAAACAAUAAAACAAACAAGUUUGAAUUCUAUCAGAAGUUGCCAGUCGAAGCCAUAGUAUCUCAACUAGAAAGAAUUGGUAAACAAAUGUUUUUAUCUUAUCUCAGUUCAGAAAAAGGAUUUGGCUUGUGCCAGUGGGAAGGCGUGUCUGGAUUCACAAGUUGUAAGUCCUUACAAUUCACUGGUACAAGAAAUGUGGAAACCAUUGUAACCGACAGUGGGGCGUUCUCCGUUGCUACUACCAACAACAACCUGUUGAUUUUGAAAACUAUAUUCGAAGGUAACGACGACAUCUAUGAAAAUGAUGUGUGUUAAUUUCAUUUAAAAGGACUAUAUAGAAUUUUAAAAAUAUGUAAAAAUACAUCUGUAAA